AUGACAACAGAUGCAUCGCUUUUAUGCCACGAGCUGAUCAGAAUUGGGACUUACGUUGGCUGGCCUAGUCAAGAUCUCCAGGGCAAAGGAAAUGUGAAGCCCAGCGUAGUAGAUCUUGCAAGAGCUGGCUUCUACUUUACUGGUAGAGGAGACUUUGUUCGAUGCUUUGCUUGUGGUAUUCAGAUUGGAGACUGGGAGCGCCACCAUGAGCCAUAUGUAGUACAUGCGACAAGGAACCCACAGUGUCCUUUAGUGAUGAAAGCCAACAGUGGAAACAGGCCUGUGUACAUACCGCCGGCAAGAGAGUACGCAGCAAUAAUGUCAAUGCUAAAUGAAGCGGGUAAAGUUGUGGCGGCAACCAAAAAGGGAACAUCGUAUUCAUCCUCAUCCUUGUUAUCAAACACGUUAACAUCUCUCUAUGGAGAGAGUAUGAUAUGCUCGGCUGCCCAGUCAAAUGGUACUCACGCUCCUCCUUUAACUAGAUCCCAUUCUAACUCACCACGGUUAAGUCAUUCAACAAGCAUUACACAUUCCCCAGUUGUGGUUAGGUUACCUGUUAUCCCCAGACAGAAUAGUUUAUCAGCAAACACUCCACCACCGCCAAGAAGGAGCAGCACUACUGAUUCAAGUGAAAGCAUGACAUUCGAUACACUAAGGCCACACAUCCAAAGAGCCAGAUCAUAUGCCGCCGAUCCAAGUUCUGAAAGAAACUCAGAGACUAUUGCAAAUCGUCAGAACUCCAAUCCAGGCUUUGACCAUGCAGAAUUCCAAGAAUCUGAAGAGGCGCGGUUCAAAACUUUCAAUGGAUGGGCAGGGAUUCGAGGAGCGACGGCAAGAGAGUUUGCUCAAGCUGGGUUUAUUUACAUUGGUCCUCCUGAUAGAGUACAAUGUGCCUUUUGCAGCGGAAUUUUACGAAAUUGGAAUGAUGAUGAUUCGCCUCUAGAGGAGCAUCGAAAACAUUUCCCGCAGUGCCCGUUUGUGGUUGAGUCUUUAUCUGCAAUAACUCUACCGAGGCCCAAACAUUCGAAAUUCAGGUCAGAGCCGAGCCGUCUAAGUUCUUAUCGGGGCUGGAAUAUGAAUAGGAAUCCUAAACCAGCAGAAUUGGCAAAGGCUGGAUUUUUCUAUGUUGGACACGGAGACAGUGUGAAAUGUUUCUUUUGCGAUGGCGGUCUGCGUAACUGGGAACCAGAUGACGAUCCAUGGAGAGAACAUGCCCGCUGGUUUCCUAAAUGUGCCUAUGUUAAACAGUCAAAAGGACAGGCCUUUAUUGAUGGAGUUUUAAAUGACACAAAUUUAGCAGAAUACCAAACAGCAUCACUUGACGAGACUCAACCAAAGCAUGUGGCCAGACCUCCAGUUAGAGAGGUGGACCCUCGCGAGGUAACGGCACGAAUGGACAGCGCGAUUGUCAAAAAAGUCUUAAGCAUGGAUGUGCCAAAGAAGAUGGUGAAAAAAGCAAUAAGAAAGAGACUGGCAGAAAAUGGUGAGGACUUUACAAGUGCUGAAGCUCUCCUGGAGGCAGUGUUCAGAGACUCUGAAGAUGCUCCAAAAGCAUCUUUGUCCGACUUGGCAAACAGGGAUCAGUCUGCAUCAGCUUCUGGUGACGGUGAAAGCCCUGAUUCUAUGAGAUUAGCAGAAGAGAAUCGACAACUAAAGGAACAAAAGCUGUGCAAAAUCUGCAUGGAUGAAGAAGUUUGUGUGGCCUUUAUUCCUUGUGGACAUCUAGUCAGCUGUUCUACAUGUGCCCCUGCCCUUAAUCAGUGUCCCAUCUGUCGAGCAAAGAUCCGAGGAACAAUACGCACCUACAUGUCGUAA